AUGACGAACCAGCUACUUAGCGAGGAAGCACCUCUCCUCGCACCGCCGAAGCCCGCGGACGCGCAUGCCGCUCUCUACAGUCGCUUCUCCCCCGCACGCAAGCGUAUCAUCCUUGCGCUGGUCUCUUGCGCGGGUAUUGUCCCUCUCUUGGUCACCGGAUCCUUCGUACCGGCUAUACCGCAGCUAGUAGCGGACAUGCAGUCAACACCAUCCGUGAUCAGCUUGACGAUCAACAUCGCCAUGUUCUCCGUAGCAUUCGGCAACUUGAUAUGGGCGGCAUAUUCGGGCUUCUACGGACGUAGACCCAUCUAUCUCUACUCCCUGCCAACAUUAUGCAUAGGCUCCAUCGGCGUCGCAGCCUCAACGUCGAUUGCCCAGCUACUCGCAUGGCGCGUCGUGCAAGCAUUGGGCUGUUCGAGUGGCAUGAGUGUAGGAGCGGCGGUGGUCGGCGACCUGUAUGCACUCGAGGAACGCGGCAGCGCAAUGGGCAUCUUCUAUGGAGCCGCUCUCAUUGGGCCCGCCAUCGCUCCGCUCCUGGGAGGUUUGGCCGUGCAUUUCGCCAGCUGGCGAGCGCUGCACAUAAUUUUCGCCCUCCUUUCCGUCUUCAUGUUCGUCAUCAUGUACUGCUUCCUCCCGGAGACGUCGCACCCUGGCACCCGCGGCGCAGAUCACAAGUUCGGCGACGAGAAAUGGCGAUGGCACUGGCUCAACCCGUUGAAGAGCCUCACUCUGCUGAGAGCCCCGAACUUGCUGGUGGUGACUCUGGCGACCACGGUUGUACUGCUCACCGACUUCGUCAUGAGCAUCCCUAUCGCAUACACUCUAGGUAAACGAUACAACAUCACGAACGAGGCCUUGGUUGGCCUCCUAUUCCUCCCAGUGGGAAUCGGCAACAUCAUUGGCGCCCCAUUGGCAGGCAGGCUCUCCGACGUAACAGUGGUACAGUGGCGCGCCAAGCGCAAGGGCGUCUGGGUACCAGAGGAUCGCCUCCGCGCAUCUCUCCUCGGAGCCAUCCUCGCGCCAGCAAGCACUCUGGCAUGUGGUCUCCUCACGGAAUUCGUCCCCGGAAAACUCGGUAUCGCGCUGAACGUGUUUGCCCUCUUCGUUAACGGCAUUGGCGUGGACCUCGUGCUUAGCCCUGCAUCUGCGUACAACGUUGAUGUUCUGCACUCACGAAGCGCCGAGAUCAUGUCGGCGUCUGGCGCUCUGCGCGCUAUGUUAAUGGCGAUCAUCACGACGGGGAUCUUGCCCUCGCUUGAACGGUUCGGUCUCGUAUGGACGAACUUGGCUGCAACGAUCCUCGGAUGGUCAGGGCUUUUGAUGCUCCUGCUCACGAUCCGCUAUGGCGACCGUAUGCGGGCAUCUGUGAACAUCAAAUGGUCCACGGCGCGCGACAACUGAAAACAUGCAUAGUAUGAAACGACGAUCCAUAAUCUCAUGAGUAGAUUACGUUGCUUAACAUGACAGAGGGCCAGUCAAGGCGGAGUAUCAUCAUCAUGCUCCUGGCUGCCAGACCCCCUUCAGAUGACGUAUAGACACGAGAUAGGUGACGCCGGUGAAUCCAAAGA